GAAGGUCCGAAAUCAUUUUGGCUCAAAAUUAUCAGAAUGGAUAUCAUUGUGUAGAUAAUAAUUAAUACAUUUUUUUAUUGUGACAAAAACUUUUAAAACUAAAAAAAGAUAGUUAAGUUAAGAAUAGUAGGGAUUAUUAAAAUUCAAAUUGACUAUUGAAAUUAUCUCGAAAAUAUGAGCUAAGAGAAAAAAAGAAGAAGAUUGGGAUAAGGUCAACUCAUUUGCCUGGAUCCCAAAUUUAAAUGAGCUCAACUUGAGAGAUGGUGUAGAAUUUGAGUUAAUCAAUUUUGAAAGUUUGUUAGUGGUUACAUAUAUAUAUUUAUUCACACAGGAUGAAGAAAUUUGGCUUCCGGUCACACAAUCCAACUGGUAAAAACUUUCGAGAGACACUCGAUCGGGAAGUAUGAGGUCUCAUGUUCGACCCACCUUGAGGCCAUUUUUGUGGUGUUCCUGUAAGCAUAAAAAAGGAAUCUUAGUGGAUGGCCCAAAGGGCUCAAGCAGAUGAACACCCAGGUUUGGUCUCGCUCCGCCAUCGCUCAAGCGGUGUGUGCGUGGGGAUCGAGACGGGUUACGGUUACAACUCUUCUGUAUCAAGGCAAAUCUGGGUAUUGUAAUUUUUUUUAUUAACUACUUUAUUUGUAUUAAUUACACUUUGAGAAUUAAAAAUCUAUAUUAAAUACAUUAUUAAAAAAAAUCGUACAAUAAAUACAUUUCUCUUUCUUUAUUUUCUAACAACCACUUUAUUUCAAUCGGAGAAAGUCCACAGGUCGAAAAGAGAUGCGAAGAGCAUCAAGCAUGAAAUUCAUUAAUGAGCUCUCUGUUCUAAUUCUUGCUACAACAAUUUCCUUAUAUAUUUAGGUCAAUCAUCCCAGCUUCUGGGUAAUCGAAAUAUUCCAAAGGGAUGAUCGUUUCAUUUUUCCAGUCGAGAAUUUGGCCUCUCCUCAUACUCUGUACAAUUUGGAUUCCCAAUCUUCCUCGCCAAAUACAGUCAGCACAACUCAAUGAUUUCUAACUGGUAUUCGGCGCCGGAUGAGUUCCAUACCCAUUUGGGUUCUCUUCGGACUGCUUGAUUCCAGCUCGAUUUGUACCUAUUCGUUUUCGUACAAAAUUAAUAAAUAUCGAAAAAACAUCAAUACUUUGAAGCAUAAUAGAUGGGCUCCUCUCCUACCAACCACAACUAAUUAAAAACUGACUUCUAUAUGUUGUUGUGGUGUGUUCUUCGGUCGUCGACUUAUUUCCUUAAGAACAGGGAAGUUUUUUAAUUGAUCAAGAAUUGAUUAAAAAAAGACUACAUAGUGCCAAGUCUACAAAAUAAAAUAAAAAUUGUAAUGAAAAAGUCUACUAUAAUAAUAAUAAUAAUAAUAAUAAUAAUAAUAAAAGACUACAUUUAUCUUUAUAUAAGACUCUAAUAGUCAAUCCUUAAGCCCUAACUCAUCCUUCCUAAGAAAUGUCAAUUUCCAAUUAAUGAAAUAGAUGCACUAUUAUAUGCUAUUUAAAUUUUAAUUAAGGCAAUUAGCGGUAUCCACCCACACAUAAAGACAUAAUUAUUAUAUAUAACAUUGAUCGCCACCAUUCAAAUUCUGCAAUUCCAUCCCAAUCUCUCUGAUACUCAUCAUCUCGACCAGAAAAGCAAAUAGCAUACAGUCAUGGUUCUCUUUGAUUUCAAGUCCGACAAGCACUACGUUGCUUCCUCGGACAAUACAACCCUCAAAGUCUACGAGUUGACCAACCCUACUACUGUUAAUCCUUCCUCCAUCGGAAAGAAUCACUGGAAGGAAGCCGCUACCAUCACAGCCCGUGAUCAAGAUCAAAGCAACGAUGCAUCAGCAGAGGAUGAGGAGGAGGAAUCUUACGACGGGCUGAUGUUCUUCGAUGGUCAUGGGAAGAUCGAGGGACGGGAGGCGUUGACCAAGCUAGCCCAACACCUCACCCGGCUCCAAUUGAGGGUCAGCCCUCAAGGGUUUUGCUUCCAGGAUGUUACCGGGCUAGGCGAGCACAAAGAGUUUGGGUUUCACUACCUCCGAUUGAACGAUCUUUUCAACUGGCCGUAUCACGGUAUCAAAAUAGCGGGCAUCACCACGUGGCGACGCACGGUGUUGCAGUACUCCGUACCGAGAGUGGAGAAGCGGCCGAUGGCUGGAGGAGCUUCCGUGAGCAAGAAGAAGUACGAGGAGUUGAAAAGAAUGAUCGAAGAAAGGGAUGAAAAGAUCGGAAAGAUGAGGGAGGAGAUGGAAGAACAAGAUUGGGAGAUGGAAAAGCUAAAAGAAGAGAGGGGGAAACACGGGGUAGAGCUACGGGAGUUGGAGAAGAAAAAUGGCAAGGAGCUGCGGAAGCUGUCGAAGCAAAAAGAUGGCGAGCUGGAAACUCUGAAGAGGGAGAAGGACGUGGAGUUGGAGGAGAAAGACGAGGAGUUAGAGACGUUGAGAAAAGAAAAGGACGACGCAGCAAAGCUGAGCAAAGUGAAGGAUGAGGAAUUGAAAAAACUGAGGGAGGAGGUGAAGAAUAUGAAAAGAGCUAAUAAGAAGGAAGAUGAAGCAGCCGCAGUAGGCGAGAAGGGAAAGAUGACGGUGGACAUUGAUGAAUGGCAGAAGCUGAAGAAGGAUGCAGCGGAAAUGAGGCAAGAGGUAAUGAAGAAGGACGAAGAGAUGAAAAGAAGGCUAGAAAAAGUGGGAAAUGAUAACGAAGCAUUGCAGAAGCUUGUGAAUGAGAAGACCGCCGAGUCUCAGAAGCUAAGGAGCGAGAACGAAGAAAUGAUGAAAGAGAAUGCAGCUGAAAUGCGAAAGCUGAAAGACCAACUGUUACAAGUUCCUCGCGAGCCGGAGCAACGUCAACCCAAGCAAUCAUGGGUGAAGACAACUACAACUAAAUUAGUGCCCCUUUCUAUGUGCAAUGACGACAUAAUAAGGAGAAGACGACCGGUGCCACGUGAUUCUUUUUGCAUCGAUGAACGCAAAUCGGGUAAUUUCAACUACCGUCCAUAUCAGAAGGGGAGCGUGCCGUUCUCGUUUAACAGUUCGAUCAGUGCAGUGGAUGAAGAUCCCAAAGAUUGGCCUCCUCCUCCCAAGAUGAAUGUGUACAGUUCUUCUGGCUCAUUUGACCAAGACAGCUGGUGGCUUAUGAAGACGACUCACUUGAGUGAUGGCAGCUUGACGAUGAUGGCUUAUUAUGACGGCAAUUUUCGAUGUUCUGUCUUCCCGGAGAAUUAUUACCCUAUCCGACUUCCCUAUUCGUGGGACAAUCAUUUAAUGGCAGGUACAAGUUUCUUCUUGGUUCACGUAGGCCGCGAAUACAAGCUUGCUUUCAUGUACCGCGACUAGCUAGGGCGACGACGGGUUGGUGUUGGACUUGGCCCACACAGCCUGAAGCCCACCAUCGUUAAGCCUAUCAAAGGCCUUUUAAUGACAGCCCACUGCAGCCUCCCAAGUCAUUAUCAUCCUUCACCUUGGCUCGUCAAUCUCCAAAAGCAGAAGUCCCAAAAGUGCUCCUUUUUCACAAAGCCAGCUCCAAAAACAGAGAAAUAGGCAUACUGCCUUUUCAGAGCAUGAAGUCGGUCACCUCUCACCCUCCAAGAGCCCUUUUGCACCCCUUGAUGGAAGCUUCAUCAUCACCAUCUUUUAGUUCCUCAACGGUCAUCUUCCUGAAGCUCUAUUUAAGAGCUACGAAUCCAUCUUCUCAUAUUUGAUGGUUCGGCAACGGGAAAUAGGGAUUCUUUUGGGUUGUUGAUGGGUCCAGAUUUGCUAGUUUACUCUGUAGAUUACAAGAGCAAUGGCUGGGUAAUCUAAGAGUGUUGAGUUUUCUAGUUUCCUACAAUAGCUUGGAUUAUAGUGAUUAAGAUCUGGAUAGCCGGGUGGGUUAUAGUGAUCUAUAUCUGGGUAGCCAAGUGUUGUGAGGGUUCUGAGUUCUUUUUCUGUUCUUCAUUUUCUGUUCUUCAUCGUCUUCUUUAUUCUCUUGUUUAAAGCAGAUUGAUUCUGCAGAUUUCUUCUCUUCCAAUUCUAAUAAUAUUUUUAGUUUCAUUUUCAUCCUCUGUUCUUUCCAAUUAAAAGUCUUCAAAAGCCCCAUCCUUUGAUUCAACAAUUGGCAGUUUGGUUUUUUGUCAUCAGUAGUUGGGGAUCACCUCCGGCGCCGAUGCUGCUUGCCGACCAAGCUUUCGGAGGCGUCUAAGUUUCUCUAUUAAUUCUGCUAAAUUUGCUGUAUUUUUUUAUUUUUUUUAUUUCUUCUUUCUUAGUUAUUGUCACCCUUUGUAAGAUUAUUUAAAAGGGAAUCACGUUCAACAACAAACAACCCAUAUAUAUGGGGCGAGGGAGAUGAGGUUCAUUUCAGAUUUCAGUCGAGUGCAAGAACAUCCACCCGAGCAGCGAUGGAUCCAAGACAUAGUAAAGCACUGAGUCACAUUUUAUUAGAAAAUUAGAUAUUGCAAAUUUUUUUUUUCUUCUUACAAUAUCAAUUGUACAUGUCCAUCUUUUAAUAUAACAAAUUCAUCAAUAGUGGAGUAUACACCCAUACGGCAUACCAAUAGCAUACUAUUCUCCUUCGAAUAAAAAAGUUAACCAAUCAGCGAGAACUUCAUCGCUCAUUUUGUUGCACAAAUCAUAUUUCAUCUGUUCCAUUGUUGAAAAGGUUUUCUCCAUAGUAGUUGUUGACACGGGCAAUAUCAUCACUAGACAAAUCAAUCGACUAAUCAAUUUGUAUUGUGUGUUCAUCCAUCUUUCCAUGAGAUGCUUUAGUAAUUUUUCAAGAGAACAAACCUCAUAGUUCUUUUAGUCUUGGGUAAUGUCUAUUUUUUAUCCAAAUCUUUUUCAGAUUCUUUUAUAUUAUCCAAAUCUAUCGAAAUACUAAGAAUUAGCCAAAUUUUAACUUCCAAUUAGCAAUUUUGUUAGUAAUGAUGACUUGGCAACAUGAUACUGACUUGGAAGAGACACAUGAAGGUCAACAUUCCAAAAUUUUAGUAUUUUAACUAAGAAAAGAGUUACAAAAUUAUUAACAAUAACGUAGAAAUGGCUAAUAUUUUGAUGCAUUACGAAAGAUUUGGAUAAUUAAUAGCAUUUUCAUAGGUGGAUAAAAAAUAGACAUUGCCCUUUAGUCUUUUACGUUUUAGAGUUUUAGAAUUUUAGGUUGCAUUGUUUGUUUUUAUUUAGAAGAGAAUCAUUGGAGCUAGUAUUUCUAGGCUAAAUUUGGAGUUGUGAUUUGAACAUAUUCAUCUAACCCAUUUUCUCAAUUAUACACAAUUUUAUUAUAAAAUAACAUUGGACCGAAUAGCUAAAAUCGAUAAACUUAUAAGAACUAUACUAGCUCCGAAUGCAGAAGAGGGCUGGCCCGUAGCCCGGGGCGGCCACCCUUGGAUCCGCCACUACCCCGAGAAAGAGUAAGCUUCAACCAAUCCCAAGAACCAAACUUAUCGCCAUUAAAAUAAACCCCAAAAGUUUCUGUUCUUGAUUUGGUAGAUGAGUAUUCAGAUGCGCAAUGCAAUCAAAAGCAUGAUUCUUCUUCUUUUGCUUUCUUUGAUUUGCUUUUAGGGUUAGUUUGUGAACUUCUUCUUCUUUUGCUUUUAGGGUUAUUUUGUGAAGAAACCUUAGCUGCCACUCUAAUUCUCUCUCAACUCUUCUAACCUCUCGAUAGAAAUGAGAGAAUGUUCUGUCCAAACUCUUUUAAUUUUGAGUGUUUCUUACAUACUUCAUUUGUAUGGACUCGCAUCUGGUCAUUGUUUUUUAAUAAUAAGUCAUAAUGUAUAUGAGAACAAUAAUAAAUAAUUAUAUAUAGAUACAUAAAAGCUGUAGUUGUAAUGCCAUUAGAGUUUAAGUUGACUUUUAAUGGGUAAAAAAUUUCCACAGAUUCCUUCGUUUUAGAAAAAAAAAACUAUUUGUCCAACCAAGUAGCACAAUUAAGCAUGUCAAACUAUUUUGUUUUGUACUUUAUAUACUGAUCCCUUCAACAAGUCAACUUUGUACUCACCACUUGCUUUGGAAAAACGAAGUUUAAUUAAAAUCAAAUUGCUAUUGGUUUUUUUAUUGAAUUUAUUUUGGUACUGGUUUUCGCUCGUUGUUGGUUUUGGUUGAUUAUGUUAAUGGUAUGGUUUUUUUUUUUUUUAAAGAACACACUCAUAUAGCUUUCAAAAUGUUUCAAUUUAGAAUUUUUAAAAAUAUAUUAAAGUGACCUAAAAUAAAAUCCUGAUCUUUCAUUUUAUGAACCCAUAAAGAAUGUUAAAAAAAUUUAGCAGCAAUA